CAUGGUUGAGCAAAUUUCAAAACUUAACCCUGGACUUCAACAAAUUGGAGACACUGCCACCGGAUGUGUUCAUAGCCCAUAAGUUAUUUGAUCUCUGGAUGGGAAACAACAACUUAAAGACAUUACCUGAAGAUCUGUUUGCCGGGCAAAAUCUGUUAAAAUAUCUACGUUUGGUUGGCAACCGUCUAGAAACACUACCUCGCAACAUAUUUCAUGGAUUGACCGUUUUGGAGGAACUGGACUUGUCCUACAACCAGUUGCAGAGGUUGCCAAGAGGUGUUCUCAGCACAAAUACUGAGCUAAAAAAAUUGGAUUUGUCAUACAACGGUAUUGAGCGUUUGCCCCUGGAUGUUUUCGGCAACCUCACUAAGUUGAAAAAGGUCUUUCUUUCCAACAACAAAAUUCAGCGUUUGCCACAUUUCAAAAAUCUCUCCGACAUUGAGACAUUAUACAUGGACAAUAACAGGCUCAAAGCUCUUUCCCCUGAUCAGUUCCAUGGCCUUUCCAAACUGAAAGACCUGGCUGUUUAUGACAACAACAUUGAACAUCUGCCACGUGAAGUUUUUAAAGACACCAAAAACAUGUCGUUCAUGAGCUUUUAUCUCAACAAAAUCCGCACAGUGACCAAUGAACAAUUCAAAGAUGUCGCACCAACCAUUCAAUUCCUGUACUUUCAUUACAACCAAAUGCGAGAGCUACCCAGAGGGUUUUUCUCGAAUAUGAAGAAAUUAAUAACAGCGACUGUAGACACCAACCUGAUGUGCUGUCACUUAACGAAAGAAGACGCAGAUUGCGAUUUUGUCUAUGUCGACAGCUUUGCCAGUUGUGAAACGAUGUUCAUGAAUCGAGCUCCCAAGACGUGUAUCUGGGUUAUUGCUAUCAUGUCUCUGGUUGGCGCUGUGUUUGUUAUCACAUGGAGAAUGAUCCACAGGGAGAAAGAUAUUGUACAGCCAAUCAUGUUAAUACACUUAGCAGUAUCUGAUGGCUUAAUGGGUGUUUACCUAAUCACCAUAGGUUAUAAGGAUGCCAUUUGGACGGGGCAAUAUUACUUGCAUGACUAUGAGUUGCGAUCAAGUUUGUCAUGGCAGAUAAACGGUGCAAUCGCUGUAUUAUCAAGCGAGGUGUCAAUAAUGCUUCUUUCUCUGAUCUCUGCUGACAGGCUUAAAAAUAUUGUGUUCCCUUUUUAUGUCGGUGGCCUAACCAACAAAGACACUCAUGCGUUGUGCUUUACUAUCUGGAUCAUCGGUUUCAUAAUUGCUUUUCUUCCCACUUUUGGCAUCCAGUAUUUUGAAGGCCCUGGAGGUCAUCACUUCUAUGGAAAAUCUGUUGUAUGUCUCCCACUUCAGCUCUCCCAUGAUAAGGCACUUGGUUGGGAAUAUUCUCUGGCUGUCUUUGUUGGCUUAAAUUUGGCUUUUUUGGCAUUUGUUAUUGUCGCUUACCUUAUAAUAGUUGUAAACAGAUGUCGGGUUCAGGCAAUGUCAGCCAACACCCAGCGAGAGACAGCUCUUGCCAAACGGGUGUUUUUCAUCAUCCUGACUGACUGCAUCUGCUGGAUGCCCGUUAUUGUGAUUGGACUAAGGUCCAUCGCGGAAAAGGCGUUCAGGACACGAGGAGAUCUUGCCGUAUGGAUCGCAGUGUUUGCUCUUCCAUUAAACUCCGCCAUCAAUCCAAUCCUAUACACCUUGUCCACCACACAGGUUCGAAACGUUCUCAAAGCAAAAUGGCAACAGCUGUGCAACUAUUUCAUGGCAAAGUGUACUCGAACCCAAACCAGAGAAGAUGUGAGAGAUCCGGGUCACGAUCAGGCUUUCGAGAUGAGGACUUUCGGAGCUGCUGGAAGGGAAGAGGGACCAGACAAAGAAGCCGAAGAAGAAACUUAAAAAGAGCAAGAGGAGGUCCACAAACAUGAUCACUCACGUGUGGAACACACUGGACCCCGAGAUACAUGUAAAGGGCAGCUGAACACAAUACAGAAAGAGCCUGCCAAGCCAGGACAGCCUGAAACUGAGCCUACCGAUCGCGACUCUACUGACAAGAUAACAGUACAGCCAAUGAAGACAGAGGCUGAAGAUCAUAAACAGACCCAGAAAGAUGUUGCAGAAAAUUCCAAAUAUGAAGAGCUACACACAGACUUUAAAGGAGAGCAAAAUCAAGAAGAUGUUGCCAAAGAUCACUCGAAGGCCGAAGGAACCGUAGCGGCUCCUCAAACCAACUCGGACGAGGAGGUUUACGUGAUAGUGUGGGAAACAGCUCUAUAAUCCGGAAAUCCACCUAGAAACGGCGACAGUGAUACUAAGUUCAAAAGUUGAAUUGUUUAAUCCAGGUCUCAUAUUUGAAACAUGGGUCUUCUUCACCCCUUAUAGCGAAUACGUAACCACAGCAGUUUGAAUCAGUGCUUCUCAUUGAUAACCGGUAGUAUACACUGUCAUUAAGUAUUCGCGAUAUAUUAAGAAAUCGUAAAAUAAUGUUUUAAGAAUCUCUUUAGACACUCAAGGGCACAGAUGAUUAUAGUGAAGUCCUGUGGAAUCUGGUACAACCUUUGAAAGAAACUAUGCAGAUUUCAAAGGCUCAUAGAGUUUGCAGGAGUGCUUUUAGUUACAGAGAUUAAAAUUUAAUACUCUUUUUUCAUCCGAAUAGUCGUUAUUCGUCGAUAUUUAACUUUUGAGUAGAUGGCCACAUUGAAUACCAGUGUUAAGCCAUUAAUCAUGUUUACUCAACCACACACCAUUCUAAGCUGGAUGUGAUGGCUCAUAUUCAUUUAUUCUGAUUUGUUGUAAAAUUAAUAUUAACAUAAAGUUUUGUAGAAGCUUGUGCAAAUGUAUGUAGACAGGGAAUCACAAUGCUAAACCUUAGAGCUGCCAUGCACAUUACUAAUGUGCCCAGAAGUACCAACAGAGAACCCCUUUAUGAAGA